UAGUAAUAAUCCAGAAUCACCUAACGUAUCAGAUCUGUUCUCCAAUGUCGCAACAACCAGACUUGUUUUCGAACUCGAACCCGGAGAUUCUCUUGAAAAAAAGGAAGAAUGCCACUGAGCUAAGGUUUCAAAAACAAACACUAGCUAAACAAAGACUCCAAAAACAAAAAUCACAGAAAAGAAUUGAAAAAAAAAAGUUCAUUAGAGCUGAAACUUUGAUAGCCAAACACCAGGAAACCCAAAAGGAAAACAAGAGAUUGGCCAGGCUAGUUAAGAAAACAUUGGCUGCUCAAAAGAAAACAAUCAGCAAUAAAAACAAUGGAUUCCAAAAGAUUUUAACCAAGACCGUUGACAUAAAUAACAAUACUGAAGAAGACAACGAAGAAGAAGAACAAGAACAAGAGCAAGAUAAUAUCUUGAGUGAAAAAAUUGAGGUUUAUAAUGGCGAACCCAGGUUACUAUUUGUUAUUAAAGUUACUCCUCCUCAUAAUACAAACGUUCAAGUACCUUACAAGGCCAGACAAAUUUUGCAAGCCUUGAGACUAAAACAUUCGAAUUUGGGAGUAUUCGUGAAACUAUCUCCAUUGGUGUUGAAUUUAUUAAAGUUGAUAGCUCCAUAUAUUGUAGUUGGUGAACCGAAUUUGAUUACUGUUCGUCAAUUGAUUCAAAAAAGAGCUGCAAUUAAAAAAUCAUAUAUUAAACCGGAUUCUCCUGCCAAUCAUAAUAAUAAUGCUAAUAACAACCACAACAAUAAUGACAUUCAUAUUAAACUUGACGACAAUGAGGUGAUUUUAAAUGAUAACCAAAUCGUGGAAGAUAAUUUGGGCCAAUACGGUAUAAUUUGUGUAGAAGACAUAAUCCAUGAAAUCUCUUCUUUAAGAACAAAUGAUAACUUUAAAAAAAUCAACCAGUUUUUAAAUCCAUUCAAGUUAAACCCUCCGGUUAAUGGAUGGGGUCCAAUUUCAAAAUUGAAAAGAAUUGAAUUGAAAAAUGAUAAAAUUAAAAACAAAAUUUCAAACUCAGACGAUGUUCCAUUGAUUCAGAUUGAUAUCAAUAAGUAUAUCCAAAAUUAUGUUUAAAAUCAUUUGAAAUAGCAUGAGUUUAAGCAGUCUAGGUCGAA